UCAAACAAUAGAAUGAUAUAGUAUGUGGUAAUCUAUAAGGAAUUGCAUUUUUUGCGUAUAUAUAGCGAAAUCUACCUUUACUGAACACGCGAAUAUCACUUCACAGUUCACACACACACGCAGGCGGUUGGGAGACGGGGAAGGUUGCACGAUAGUGAUGGAAGUUUUGGGAGACGGUGAAGGUUGGAAGAGGAAGAAGCUUGAUGUUGAAGAUUACCUCGAUUUCAUUGACGACCGCGAUCUGCCUCUCACCGUUGGUCAACUUCGCGAGGUCAUUAGCAUGCAUGGGUUCAAAAAGAUCGAAGCUCCAAAGGCGAUUCUGAUGGAAAUGGUUUCAACAAUGGAGUUGAUGGAUCUCCAGCGGUCGAGCCUGCUAGACGGCGUAUCUGGCGAUGCAAGCUUAACCCUCAAGGAAGUGAAAGACGACCUGAAAUCUCUGAGCUGGCAGGACUGCCACGUCACAUCUGUUCUCACCUACGGCGCCGGCGGUACUUGCCAAUCCUCCGCCGGCGUCUCACUGAAGCGGAGAAGGGCGAGAAGGAAGGUGGGUAAAGUUGCUAUUGAGGAUUCUGUCGUUUCUACCACUGGUACUAGUAUUGUAGCUGAGAGUACCACCGUUAAGUCGGAAACCUAGUUCCUUAUGCUAUUUGUCACCGGAAAGGUAUUCAACUCGAUUUUGUAGGCUGAAAAUUACUAUUAACAUGUUAAUUGUGGUUUUUAUUAUAUGCAUAUUAAAAGUUUCUA